GACGUCCAAUGCAUUAGGUUAUCCUGUAUACAUUUUGUGCGCAGAUCGUCGACAACAAGCCUUGCCCGUCGAGCAAGUAGUCGCCAAAAAUCGUUCCUCGAGAAAGGCAGCGUUUGUGUGCUUUCUCAGACAGACAGUAAGGUCACCGUCCGUUCCGGCUAGUGAAUUGUUCCAGAAUUGUUAAGUGAUAUUGUAUAGUGCAAAAAUGGCUUUCCGCGUGCUGUCGUUCUCCAACAACCUCAAACACACCGCACAGAUCGGUGAGCUCCUGGCGAGAUCGUUCUGUAGCGGACCGAAGAAUGUCGGCUUCAUCGGCCUGGGCAAUAUGGGUACACCUAUGGCCAGUAACCUGAUGGCGAAGGGCCACAAGCUGCAUGUGUUCGACAUCUCGGCUGACGCGAAAGAGGGCUUGAAGGCCAAGGGUGCCUCCACGUACGAUAAUGUUUCGGAUUUGGCUAAGGCUUCGGACUUCGUCGUAACCAUGCUGCCCAACAACGAUAUCGUGGCCGACACCUAUGACAGUAUUCUGAAGGGCGGCAUCAACACCAGCACCAUGUUUAUCGAUUCCAGUACCAUCGAUCCCAACGUGGCGAAGGCGGUGCAGAAGAAAAUCAAAGCGGCUGGUGCGAGCUUUGUCGAUGCUCCCGUUUCCGGUGGUGUGCCCGGAGCCAAGAACGCCACGCUGACGUUCAUGGUUGGAGGUACACAGGAAGAGUACGACCGCGUGAAGGGUCUGCUCGAAGGUAUGGGCAAAAAGAUCACCCACUGCGGCAGCUACGGAAUGGGCCAAGCUGCCAAGGUGUGCAACAAUAUGAUGCUCGGUAUUUCCAUGUGCGGUUUAGCGGAAUGCAUGAACCUAGCUAUCAGACUCGGAUUAGACGCUAAAGUGUUUGCCGACAUCAUCAACGCUUCCACCGGUCGGUGUUGGGCAUCCGAAGUGAAUAACCCCGUCCCUGGACUGAUUGCUACGGCACCAGCGGCCAAUCAGUAUGCUGGCGGUUUUGCAACCGGUUUGAUUACUAAAGAUCUGGGAAUUGCCUCAGCCGUGGCAACGACUUCCAAUACCCCAAUCCCGUUGGGAGCCCUAACGCACCAGAUCUACCGCACGCUGAUGGCCAAAGGACUUGCCAACAAAGACUUCUCCGUGGUGUAUGAUUUCAUUAAAAACAGCGACAAAGCUUAACUCGACUGUGGUAAUGCUGACGGUUUUCUUCAGAACUGUACGUCUUCCAGAAAGUGCAUUUAUCGUCUGUAUCCCUCUUCGGCAGGAUACGAGAAACAUUUUAUUCAUCGAAUAGACUGUAAUAAACAGCAACACAUGU